UUGUUGAGUGAAGCUUAUGACCGAUGUGGAGAAGUUUGUGUAGAGUAUGCAAAGACAUUUUACUUGGGAACUUUGCUAAUGACUCCUGAAAGGCGAAGAGCUAUAUGGGCAAUCUAUGUGUGGUGUAGGAGGACUGAUGAGCUUGUUGAUGGGCCUAAUGCUUCGCACAUAACACCAACAGCUUUAGACAGGUGGGAGGCAAGGUUGGAAGAUCUUUUUCAAGGUGGUCCAUUUGAUAUGCUUGAUGCUGCUGUAUCAGAUACUGUUACCAAAUUUCCUGUUGAUAUUCAGCCAUUUAAAGACAUGAUUGAAGGAAUGAGGAUGGACCUAAGGAAGUCAAGAUACGAGGACUUUGAUGAACUGUAUCUUUAUUGUUAUUAUGUCGCUGGGACUGUCGGAUUAAUGAGCAUUCCAGUGAUGGGCAUUGCACCUGAAUCUCAGGCAACAACAGAGAGUGUUUAUAAUGCUGCCUUGGCAUUAGGUAUUGCGAAUCAGCUAACCAACAUACUCAGGGACGUUGGAGAAGAUGCAAGUAGAGGUAGGAGAUAUCUACCACAAGAUGAGUUGGCAGUGGCUGGGAUACCGGAAGAUGACAUAUUUGCUGGAAGGUUGACCAAUAAAUGGAGAAACUUCAUGAAGAGUCAAAUUAAGGGGGCGAGGAUGUUCUUCGAUGAGGCAGAGAAAGGUGUGACAGAACUGAGCGCAGCCAGUAGAUGGCCGGUAUGGGCAUCGUUGCUCUUGUAUCGUCAAAUACUAGACAAGAUAGAAGCUAACGACUACAACAACUUCACGAGGAGGGCUUAUGUGAGCAAAGCAAAGAAGCUACUUGCUUUGCCGGGGUUGCAUACACAAGAUCAAGAACAGCUUUGGCUUCCAACAAGAUGUGAACAGAAUUCUCUAUCAUCAUGUAUAGUACAGUAUAUCAAUCAAGAUGAUUUUUUUGCUUCAACGAAGGAGUGGUUAUUGAAAGACUCUGCUUUGAAGAGGCUACGGUCAAAAUGGAGAAUGCUGUCAACUUCUAAUGAAUUCAUGAAAGGCGAUGAUUGUUGGAAUAUGAUUUAG